UCAGUUCCGUUCCUCUCCGAGCCCAUUGGUUGCCUUGCAGCGGAGCGCGGGCCACCUGCAGCUGAGCUAUGGCGGCGACGCGAGGCAUCCGCACCCUGCAGGGCAUGGUUGGUGUGGUGACAGGCGGAGCAUCAGGCCUGGGCCAGGCCACGGUCAGGAGACUGGUUAAGAACGGGGCUCGGGCUGUCAUCGUGGACUUACCUCACAGCUCUGGUGAAGCACUGGCGAAGGAGCUGGGUCCUUCCUGCGCCUUCGCCCCCACCGAUGUAACCUCUGAAGGAGAGGUGCAGGGGGCCUUGACCUUGGCCCAGGAAAAAUUUGGCCGCAUAGACAUUGCCGUUAAUUGCGCUGGCAUAGCUGUGGCCUCCAAGACUUACAACUUCAAGAAGAACGAAGCACACUCCCUGGAGGCCUUCCAGAAGGUGAUCCAGGUCAAUCUGAUUGGCACAUUCAACGUGAUCCGCCUUGCUGCCGGGGAGAUGGGGAAGAAUGAGCCCGAUGAGGGUGGCCACCGGGGUGUCAUCAUCAACACAGCCAGCGUGGCUGCCUUUGAGGGCCAGGUUGGACAGGUUGCAUAUUCUGCAUCCAAAGGGGCCAUUGUGGGGAUGACCCUACCUGUGGCCCGGGACCUGGCCCCCAUGGGGAUCCGGGUGGUCACCAUUGCUCCAGGCCUGUUUGAAACACCCCUCCUGUUGGGACUCCCUGAGAAAGUCCGCUCCUUCCUCGCCCGUCAGGUGCCCUUCCCCAGCCGCCUGGGAGAUCCAGCAGAGUAUGCCCACCUUGUGCAGGCCGUGGUGGAAAAUCCCCUGCUCAACGGUGAGGUGAUCCGUCUGGAUGGAGGUAUCCGCAUGCAGCCCUAACACUGGAGGCCUAGGGUUUGGGUGCCGGCGCUGGCCUCCCUCUGGCAACAGGGGCCCCCCCCAGGGCCUCUGCCUUCUAUGCCUUAACCUCUAGUGCCUAAUAAAGGUGAUUUCUCUCAGCUCUGCUGUCCCACAGAGUUGAGAAGGAACAUGUGCUAGUGACA